CAGUAGUGUUUAUUUAACAACCUAGGUGUUAAUCUGUAUACGUACCUGAUAUAUAUUGCUUGAUCCGAGGUGCUGGUAGGGUUGGCGAACAAGUAGUCUGACACAAUGAGUGGGGCUAUAUACGGCGGUGAAGAAACGGGCGCGGUUGUGUUUGAAGUAGGGGCAUACGAGACCAAAGCCGGCAUUGCCGGGGAGGAUCUUCCAUCGUGCAUGUUCUCUUCUAGUUCAGGGUAUUUACCCGCUGCUGCAGUAGAUGGCAUGGAUACAGAUGUAGCUGACGAUGCAAAACCGACUAAGAAAAGGAGUCCGUACUAUAUUGGACACCAAAAUAAUGUAUACCGCGAAGAUAUGACGAUCAAAUGCCCCGUUGAAGACGGUGUGAUCGUCGACUGGGACCUUUACGAAGCCCAUCUGCACUACGCCAUGUCAGAGCUGAGCUGCAAUCCCGAGGAGCAUCCCAUACUUGUAGGGGACGAGGCCUGGAGCUCACGCGAACAACGAGAAAAGCUCACAGAGAUAAUGUUCGAGACCUAUAAGACCCCUGCGUACUUCCUGGGCAAGAAGCCCGUACUGAGUGCGUUUGCGAACGGUAAAUCGAAUGCACUGGUAUUUGACAUGGGACUGUCGGGGGGCAGUGUGGUUCCAGUCUAUGAGGGCUAUGCCAUACAGAAGGCAAUCACGCGGACAAACUUGUCGGCGAGUCUGUUGCUAAACGUGUACCAGAGUUAUCUCGAAUCACAAAACAUCACGGUGGUACCGAAGUUCAUGAUAUCUAAGAGGG